UGGCAAUUAUGUUGUCAUAAGUGACAAUUUGUAUGGUAUUUUACUAUACCGGUAAAAGCAGAAGGUCUAGUAAUAUAAAUUUUUCGUAAGCUUAAGUGAUUUUAUGAGCACAUUGUUAAAAUAUGCCAUAUUCAGAAGAUUAUAUACGUGACAAACUACAAAAGGAGCUAGAGCCUCUACAUAUUCGUGCAAACUACCUCAAAUACUCAUAAAGCCAGCGAUAAAUAUUACAAGAACGAGAAACGAGUAAAAAUGCGUGACAGAGAGAACGUGAUGAUAAAUACUAAUCGCAAGGACAGCAGCGAUCGUGCUAACUCGGUUCCUAAGGAAGUAGGAACCAAAGAUGGAAUAUCAGAAAUAAUGCAAAGCAGCCUUAUCGUUGGUUUAGCAUUGUUACUCCGUUGGUGCAUAUCGUAUCAUCCUUAUAGCGGUGAUGGAAAGCCUCCAAUGUUUGGCGAUUACGAAGCCCAACGCCAUUGGCAAGAGAUAACAUUGAAUCUUCCCAUUUCACAGUGGUAUUCAAAUUCCUCGGAUAAUGAUUUACAGUAUUGGGGUCUGGAUUAUCCUCCCAUCACUGCAUAUCAUAGUUUACUUCUUGGCCAUGUCGCAAGCGUAGUCGAUCCCGAUUCAGUGAAGCUACAUCGAUCCAGAGGCUAUGAAUCUCGUACUCACAAAUACUUUAUGAGAUUGUCAGUCCUAAUAAUGGAUCUGCUUGUGUUCAUUCCAGCUGUUGUAUAUUUUGCUUUUACAAUAUUACCAAUAUUGGACUCGAAAAUAAAGAAACAUCAAGAGAAGAAGGAAUUUCUUACGUUUAAAAAACGUCACUUUGUUCUAGCGACUAUACUCUUUUAUCCUGGAUUAAUUUUGAUAGAUUAUGGUCACUUUCAAUAUAAUUGUGUAUCACUGGGCCUCUUUAUUGCAUCAGUAUCGGCACUUUUUCAAGGCUCCAUGGCAAUUGGAUCGUUUUUCUUUGUUCUGGCAUUAAACUAUAAGCAAAUGGAACUAUACCAUGCACUACCGUGUUUUUUCUAUAUUUUGGGUAUUAAUACACCAGGAAAAAGGAAGCCACUGCUUGCUUGCUUACGCUCCUUAAUUUGCGUAUCUUUAACAGUUAUUAUAACAUUCGCUGUAAUAUGGGCUCCAUUUUUAACCGAUAAAAAAAUUUUUAUGGAUACGGUUUUGCGCCUCUUUCCUCUAACAAGAGGCAUUUUUGAAGAUAAAGUAGCUAAUAUUUGGUGUACAAUUAACGUACUUUAUAAAUUGAGAAAUAAUUUUUCUAAUUUACAAUUGGCACAAAUAUGUCUUGUAUCUACAACAGUUGCGUUAUUACCAAGUAGUCUCGAUUUAUUUUUUAGGCCAUCGAGAGAAAAAUUUUUACUAGCCCUUAUAAAUUCGUCUCUAUCAUUUUUCCUUCUUUCUUUCCAAGUUCAUGAAAAAUCCAUCCUUUUAGUUGGAUUGCCAGUUUUAUUACAUUUUCAUAAAGAUCCAUUUUCUUGUUUUUGGUUUCUCGUAAUUUCUGUCUUUAGUAUGCUUCCAUUGUUGAUUAAAGAUGGACUUUGUGUUGCAUAUUUUGCUUCUCUUACAUUUUUCAUUAUCUCAGUUUCUUGGAUGUGGUUUGAAUCGAAAAUUAGUCAAUUUGUGAAAAAUAAGGAAGACAAGCAAGAGGAAAAACAAACAUCAAGAAAAUUGAAAAUCAAAAAAAGUGUUAGUGUAUGGGCAUCUAGUGGAAUUUAUAUUAAUAUAUUAUUUAGUCUUUCGUUGUUAGGUGUUUUAGUUUUAUCCGUAUGUAGCGGACUUUUAAAAGCACCAAAGAAAUAUCCAGACCUAUUUCCGUUACUUGUAUCCGUCUACUCGUGUAUACAUUUCUUUCUAUUCUUAGUCUAUUUUAAUUAUAAACAAUUUUGCGCAACAUCCAUACUAACUCGGAAAUUCAAAGUCAAGUAAAAUCAAUAAAAGUGAUAAAAGCUAAUGCUAUGAUAAUGAUAAUAAUAAUAUUAAU